AUGCAAAUCGCCGUUAUGUCGGCGCCCACUAUCAUCCCGGAUCGCACAUUGCACGAUGUAAUUAUUGCCGCGCUCUCUCUCGAGACUCAGUCCAAGAAAGAAGAAGCCCUGACUGCGGCGCUCAAAAUCUGGCAAAACCAUGGCUACGGGACUUGCUCUCCUCACCUACUUGUCCACGUACUUCGAAACGUGUACAAGCUCCCAGAGCUACCUACGACACUCAAAGACCAGGACGCGUCAGACUUUGAUACACUGAAAAAGGUCUGCAAAGAGCUCAAGUUUACAUUAUUCUUCGCGUCCGUGAAGAAACUGCUCGGCUGUAAUCUCUUCGUGGAAAUUCGCGGUGCCCGGAGAUGGGAGAACAGCCGUCCCAAGAUCGAUCCAACCAAAGAUCACACUAUUAGAGUCGACCAGCUGAACUUGACGCGAGUCGUUGACUUGGAGGGAAAGCUGCGUGCAUUGCGACUACCCGUGCGAGAUACUGAAGUCAUCCAGAAGGAAGCCUUCACACAUGAGACUGCUCAGAUUGAAACUGAGGUUGAAGGGAAAGAGAUGGGUGGUGGUAUGGAGGCUGAGCUAUUUCACCAACAUUUCAAGACUGCACUUGUCAUCAUUCCUCCGCGCAAUCUUCGCGCCUUCGAUAUUCGUAAGCGUUUCAUGCUCAGUCCCGAAGGCAAAGGAGUCGAAGCAGCGCUCUUCAUGGUCGAUGGAUGGGAAUAUGCCAAAGCGGAACCUAUCAUUAAAAUGCUCGAUGACGCAACGGAGAAAGUGCGAGCACCCGACGCAGGCCCGGCUAGUGUUUUGCGGCUGCGGAAGCUCUGCGAGCUGUUACUAGAGUACCAUGAUCCAGGCGAUUACCGAAAAGAGGGGCAUACUUUCAUGUGCGCAAGGUUCCCCUUGAUACCCGGGGAAGUGUUGGACCAGCUGACCGCUGUGUGCAUCGAGUUUGGCUCCGCGAAUCUGUGGCAGAAGGCUAUGGAACAGCUCAGUGCCUCUUUCCGACGCGAGGUGCGCGCCGAUCGGACCAUCGAUGCUAUAGGUCGCUUGUUGUACAAGACACAAGAUAUCGAGCAGUUGAAGAAGGCGGACGGGUUCAUCAAAUCCCAGAACAGUAUCAAAGACAAGAUGGAGAUGUGUGGUAAAGUUCAGGCAGCGUACGAUCGAGCUGGAGAUGCAGACGAUGAGAACGCUCAGUCAAACAUACCAGCUGCCAUGGCUACCUGGCGAGCUUCCAUCAUCCGCGAUACAGUAUCUAACAGUACCUUCCUUAGCCUCAGAGAUUGCCUACCACUGCUUGAAAACGGCGGCGAACUCAACGACGAGUUUCUCGACAAUACGCUUCGUUCCAUGGCCAACAACUCAAGUUUCGCCGGCAUGGAGACCUUUCUCAAUGACAUAGCCAAACUCAACGGCAAGAUCCCAGACGCCGAUAUUCAACGCUACUGCAACAUUGUUUUCGAGCCGACAGCCUCGGAGUUCAUAACUAUCAGUCGGUAUGAUUUGAGUCCCAUGCGAAAGAUUCUACAGCACAACCUGUCAGUGGCUGAGCCUGCGAUACGAGAGUACUGUCUCAAGAAGCUGCGUGCGCCAACGAACAUAGCAGAGGGUCGCAAAGGGAAAGUCAAGGACGACGAGGUUGAAGAUUUCGUUACCAUAUCACAAACUUUUGGAGAGGAAGUUCCACCCCUUCUUCUCCCCCAUCUUGGUGGAUUCCUAAAUGAUCUGCCCUGGAUAGUCCAACUGCUCAUCCAAGUCAAAGACUUGGAGGGGUGGGCUUCAGAAACCUUCGUUCCACAAUUCAGCACCACUGUCCUUGAACCCGCCAUCGAGCGAGCGAAACUAGUAGCCUCUAGACCGGACAUAGCUGUCGGCGAUAUGAUCCGCGAUUCGUUCCCAUUCCGCAAAAACAUAGCGCCAGUUCGCGGUUCCAAUGAGGGAGACCGCGGUGUCACGAUGGAGGAGUUGAAGCUGCUGAUCCCAGUCCUCAAACGUUUAGCGCUAGAUCAUGUCGUGGAUAGGCUGGCGCAGAGGAUGCUGAUGGAUUUUGUUGACCUCGAUUUCGAAGACUUUCGCGGCGUGCUCGGCGAUGAGAAGACAGAUGAAAUGAUGGAGAAGAAGAGGGCGAUUGAAGAGGCGAAGGAGGCAAAGAAAAGGAAGGCUGCUGAUGAUGGUGGAAGGGGAAAGAAGAAGAAGGGAAGAGGAGGUCGGCGAUGA